CGCGCGACACUCAGCAGAGAGAGCGAGAGAGAGAAAGAGAGAGAGAGAGAAAGAGAGAGAAAAAUUCUCCAGCAUCACGGUUAUCGCAGAGCUGCUGCAGGAGCCUGAGCUUCUUUAUUCAAACACACGCAUCCCAAACGAAAGGAGCCGCUCUGAUCUUCAUCACCUGAUUUAUUUUUAUUUCUCUUUAGAAUAAAACCAGAGGAGGGUCGCGAGGAUGCGGAAUAAAAUCGCGCUCGUGUUCAUGACGCUGUUGACGUGGUGCGCGUGGACCGGAGCGCAGGGUCUGGCUAUGACUGAGGUAAAUGGACCAGUGGGAGGCCCCCUAGUGGUUGAGCCUCAGAUUGCGAUGUUUUGUGGCCGUCAGCUUCUGCACCUAAACACUGGGACAGGUCAGUGGGAACCAGACCCACAGGGCCGUCAAGGCUGCUUUACCCAGCCCAACAAGAUCCUGUCCUACUGUCAAGAGAUGUACCCCGGUUUGCAGAUUUCCCAUGUUGAAGAAGCUUCUACUCCUGUUACCAUCCCAGCAUGGUGUAAGAAAGGAUGGGGUCACUGCCAGACACGACCUUUUAUUGUCGUUCCUUAUCGCUGUUUGGUAGGCGAGUACGUGAGUGAGGCUCUUCUGGUUCCAGACCGCUGUCGUUUCUUGCAUCAGGAGCAGAUGGACUCCUGUGAGAGCUACAUCUACUGGCAUAACAUUGCUAAAGAGGCAUGUGCAGCAGACAGCCUUGAGCUCCAUAGUUACGGGAUGCUGUUACAAUGUGGCGAUCGUUUCCGGGGUGUAGAGUACGUCUGCUGCCCAGGAAGAGGCGGGGCUAGUGGGCGUGGCGAAUACGAAGGUGGAGACAGUGCACAGGGAGCAACUCCGCCUUUAAUAUCACUGGCCGGUGAGAAAGAGACCACAAGCGUGAAGGUGACUCCAUCCACACCAAGCCCCUCCCCUGAAACAGACAUAGAGGAGGAUGACAUGGAGGAGGAAGAAGAAGCCGUGGAGGAAGAAGAAAUCGAAGAAGAUGAAGAUGACGAAGAAGACGAAGAGGCAGCACCCACAACGGUGAAGGAUCCGGAGGAGUACGAGUACUCCAUCGACUCGGGCACCUAUCAGGCUUCUGAUUAUCUGGAGAACUUCUACUAUGAGAAGAACUCUCAGGGUGCCAAGACCCCUACACAACAACCUCUGCCACAUGGAGACGUGCCCACGGUGCGUCCUACAGACGGCGUAGACGUCUACUUCGAGAUGCCCAGUGAUGACAGCGAACACGCCAACUUCCUCCGUGCCAAGAUGGAUCUGGAGGAGCGACGGAUGAAACGUAUCAACGAGAUUAUGAAGGAGUGGGCCGAGGCUGAUAACCAGUCGAAGAACCUCCCGAAAUCAGACCGCCAGGCACUGAAUGAGCAUUUCCAGGCCGUGUUACAGACUUUGGAGGAGCAGGUAGCAGGUGAGAGGCAGAGGCUUGUGGAGACUCAUCUUGCCCGCGUCGUAGCCACACUGAACAACAACCGCCGCCUGGCACUCGAGAGCUACCUGAGUGCUGUGCAGAGCGAUCCACCACAGCCAGAUCGAGUGCUGCAGGCUCUGAAGCGUUACUUGGCUGCCGAGCAGAAGGAUCGGCGACAUACACUGCGUCACUACCAGCACAUCGAGUCUGUAGACCCUCAGAAGGCUGAGCAGAUGAAGUUCCAGGUCUAUACUCACCUUCACGUGAUCGAGGAGAGGAUGAACCAGAGUUUGGCUUUGCUCUAUAAGGUUCCCACUCUGGCUGAAGAGCUUCACGAUGAGAUCCAGGAGUUGGUGCGGACGGAGAGAGGUGACAUCAGCGAACUCAUGACCACGUCGUUCUCGGAGACGCGCACCACAGAGGAGCUGCUUCCUGCCGAGAGCGAGGAAGAGAAGGAGGAUGAAGAGGAAGAGGAGAGAGCUUUCCAGAACCGUCCGUAUCCACCUCGCAUAGAUUCUCAGCCAAGCAGCAAGAAAGCGUCUGCUGUAGACGAGUACGAUUACAGCACGUCUGAGAGAGCUCCCACCUAUGAAUAUGAGGAGAAGUUUAACACUUCUGUGGAGCUGAAGCAGGUGGUCUACAAGUCUCCAGGAAUCCAGCGGGAUGAGCUGCAGCCAGACGUUCUUGAGACGUUUAACCGUGGUGCCAUGGUGGGGCUUCUGGUGGUUGCCGUGGCAAUUGCCAUGGUGAUGGUGAUCAGUUUGCUGCUGGUGCGUCGUAAGCCAUAUGGCACCAUCAGCCAUGGCAUCGUGGAAGUGGACCCCAUGCUGAGCCCAGAGGAAAGGCAGCUCAGUAAGAUGCAGAAUCACGGAUAUGAAAACCCCACCUACAAAUUCUUUGAGCAAAUGAACUAAAGUUUAAAAAAAUUAAUAAUAAUAAUCAUACCCCCUUUUUUCACUCACUUCCUGUUUACCAACAGGGGUUUCCAUAGCAACCCCUGUCCCCUUUCCCAACACUGUAUGUACGUUUCCAUGCCCAAUGAUUAAACCCAAACAACAUGAAAGGCAAAUACAGAGUUUUCACUCAGAUGCUCUCGGAAACAAAGAGAGGCAAGGAGUAGAUCUAUGCGGCUGGUCUCUCUAAAAUGAUUCCUUUUUGCUUUGGAAGAUGCUGAAACCAUAUCAGUAGUUUCUGCUACUGCUCUGGGUUCAGCAUUGCAUUCUGUUUUUUUUUUUUUUUUUUUAUGGAAUAUCUAAAAAAAAAUCAUACCUUUCAUUUAAAAUUUUUUUUUAAAACUGUGAUGUGCGUGAAGUCAUAGUUUAUAUUUCAGCAUGUAAACAUAACCGAGGGGGGAAAAGAAUCACUGUAGCUCUUAUAACAUACAAACCCUGUCUGCCGGAAUGCAGAAAUAACACUCGACUAAUUGCAUUUCGAAGCUCUACUGCUCAAUACAUGAGGGGAAAAAAGAGCCUGGUGAUCCCUCUCAGACAUCUUUCACUUCACCACAUCAUGAAUACUCUUUCAUGUGAAAAAGGAAUCAAAUCACAGGAAUCCAAUCAUCGUUCCAAAUAUAACACAGACUUAAUCAAUUAGUGCUUAUUUUUAAUGACUAUUAUUCAUUGUACUGCUUCUUAGGGAGAAAAAAAAAAAAUCGGUGAUCUGCAGUCCACUAACGUAAAGAAGAGCAUGCUGAAUUUGGUGUAUUAUGCUAUAAACGUACUUGUGUUGUUCCUGUUUUUAAUGCUUUUUUGAAACUAAAAUGUCACAGACAAAAAAAAAAAAAAUUGCGUGUAUUACUGAAAAGGUAUCUACAAUAGACGUUUCUGUUGUUAAUUUGUAUCGACUCGCUAUGUGGAAUGUCAAAAACUUUCAAAAGAUGACUUUGUGCUGCUCACACAGAGAGAGUAAAAUAAUAAUAAUAAUAAUAAUAUUAAUAAUAAAAAGAAAAAAAAAAUCCUAACAUGGCUGAAUGAAAACGGACUGUUGUAUAAACCAGCACAAGACAACGACACCGUAACUUGACUGAAUGUAUCUUUAGGUCGACAUCGACUUCAUAGGCUUUUCUAUUGAUUUUCUUUUCUCCCCGACACACACGUUACAUGGUCUGCACAGGUUUUGUUUUCAUACUAAACACCGAUGUGAAAGGGAUCGUUUUGUUGGAAAAGUACGUUUUAACGCUAGGGGAGAGGUAGGCGUUAUGUGGAUUCGCACUGUUGGGGAGAUCAGGGUCGUGUAGCUCCAAUCCUCUGACACUUAACAGGAAUGAUUUGUUUGAUGUCACAUUUCAAUUUUAGUAGGAUAGCGAGAAAUGGUGUCUGUAACGGAAAUGACCUCAGAAUUGCGUUUGGGGAAGAAAAAAAAAGAAAAUCUGCGCCAUUUUGUUUUCUUUUUUAAAUUUGCAACGUUCUGUAAGAUCUAAAUUUGACUUUUCCCUAAAAUUCCCUAAAACUAUUGACAGAAAACUUUAGAUUAGCACUUUUAAAUCAAUUGAUCAAACACCUCAUCCCCAGCAAAUUGCCCAAAAAAUAUCCCCAAAUUUUUUUUCCCUUUUUCAUGGAUUUUUUUCCACACACUUCAACAGGAUCGAGUUCAUAUAAUUUCAAUAAAAGGACAGAUUAUAAGUUUGGGUUUGAAUAUUCGACUAUCAGGCGUUUUACGUAGAGAGCAUCGCUGUGGCUGCAUUAUGAUAUGUAGAAAAUAGCCUGAGUUUCCUAUAUAGACUGUAUAGUCCAUUUAGGAGAUGGGAAUAGUACGACACUCUUUAUCCAUUUAAUGUAGUGAAAUCUUAAAGGUGAGAACCCACCUGCUUGUUUAGCCCCCAAAGUGUUCACUCGUCAGUAACACUGCGUUACAAGGAUGCAACUCGAGGCAUAACGCACAUUUAUAAGGCAAACAUCAACACUUUCGCGUAAUAAAUCUCAUUCACGGGUUUGAUCGUGUCAAGUCACCAUGUGACCACCAUCUAUGUGAUGUGAAACUCAUAGUGGAAAAUCGGUCAAAUACAUCCAACUGUUUGCAUUAAGAUUAAUGAAUGUUUAACCAUCGCCUGGAUAGAGCUGUCUUAUGAAUGUGUUUCGAUGUCCUGGUUUAGGAUCCUUUAGCUAAAGCGUCCGUUUUUUACCAGCAUUUAGCAGAGUUAGAACAGUGUAUUCUGUAGUGAUUCAAAGGAAAAUUUGUAUAGUUCUCCUCAUGACUAUUUCCUUCUUCUCUCAACCCAAUGGAAAUGUAAACAUUGUAACGGAGAUUUUAAUUGCUGCAUUAUUGCCUUUUUAAAUGCUGUGUUUUUUCUGGUUGUAAUUAUGUGUUUUUAUUUAUGUCAUUCUCGGUUAAAGUUCGGGUCAUGCUACUUUGCUCACGGAACACACAAAUAAAUGAACAGAUUCGAUAAAAUACGUAUCGGUGCUUUUUGCCCUGGAUUUCAUCUCAUAUCCCAAGGAUGUGGUUUGCUGUAAAAUUGAAAUUAACAUUUUAACCUGGGCUAUAAAAAAUAAACUAAGCACAAGUGCAUUCAAAUUGUUUCCUUCUCAUGUACUCAUAAGAACAGUUCACAGUUCAAAAAAAUAAGUCACUUUUUUUUCUAAAAGAUGUUUCAUCAAAUAUGUGUAGAAUGUCUAAUUGGCAUCUGUUUGACUAGUUUAAAGGAUAUAAUAAAAAUAUGACAGACUGUAUAUUGAUUUGAAACCUUUGGUGAACCAGAGCUUUGACUUUUCAAGAGCGUCGGUUGUGAUUCAAUUCCCGAACAAUAAGCUGUAUUUAAAUCCUUUUUUUUCUUUCUUUUUUUUUUUUUCUUUUUUGAGUUUUCGCCAAAGACAUGUUCCUGGAUGCAAUUGAAAGGUUCACUGAUUUGCUGUAUUUCUAAAUGGAACUAAUUGGGAUUAUAUUGUUCAAGCAAUCUAUCUGAGAACUGGUUUGGCUGAUUGUACUUACAUUAAAAUGUUAAUAAAAAUUACAAAUGACCUACAAAACCAA